GUAUGUACAUAAUCAACCGCGAACUGAGUUUCAAGCGAGAACCCAAAUGUAUACGAUAUUACAAAGUAGUCAGUAUUAUAUCGGUUCGUGAUCAGACGACACCAAUUUCUCUCCUUUCUUUAUUGUGUUAUCAUUCGUCCCAUGUGCGGUAUUAGUUAAAGUUUCUAUUUCUAUUUCUACUUCUAAUCGGAAUCGCUUAGUUAUUCGUACGUUUAAAUAUGAAUCUUAAACUGAAAGGAAAUAUGCUUAAACCAUUGAUACGACAAGUACGUACCAUACAUCAAGUUUUCAUAAUCAACGCGCAACGUUUCUAUCAAAUUAAUAGCUGCAUACCUCGAAAGAUCUGCGUCGAAAGGCAACUGAGUACGUGUGCAUCGCGGCUCGGUCACUCUCCUGGACCUUUAUCCCAAUUUACUGACGAUGAACUACUAAUGAAAGAAAGCGUUAGUAAAUUAGCAAAAGAGGAAAUCCUUCCACUUGUGCGAAAAAUGGAAAAGGAAGGGAAAAUAGACGAAGGCUUGCUACGAAAGCUUUUCGAAAAUGGUUUAAUGGGUAUCGAAAUACCAGAAGAGUACGGUGGUUCGGGAUGCAAUUUCAUGACAACGAUUUUGACGGUCGAAGAAGUGGCAAAGGUUGACGGGGCAGUCUCAGCUUUGGUAGAUAUUCAUAAUACUUUGGUGAACUCGUUGAUAAAAAAAGUAGCAUCGGAAGAACAAAAAGCAAAAUACUUACCAAGAUUAGCUCAAGAUUACGCGGGUAGCUUUUGUCUUACGGAACCCGGUUCCGGAUCGGAUGCUUUUUCUUUGAAAACUCAAGCAAAAAAGGAAGGAUCAAACUAUGUGAUAAACGGCACCAAAAUGUGGAUUUCAAAUUCUGACAUCGCGGGAUUAUUUUUAGUUUUUGCUAAUGCAAAUCCCUCUGCUGGGUAUCGAGGUAUCACGACAUUUUUCGUAGAACGAGACACGCCAGGAUUAACAAUCGCCAAACCUGAGGAUAAAUUAGGAAUAAAAGCGUCGGGGACAUGCAUGGUCCACUUUGACAAUGUUAAAGUUCCUGAAAAUAAUAUCUUGGGACAGUUUGGUCAUGGAUACAAAUAUGCCGCUGGAUUUUUAAACGAAGGUCGAAUCGGUAUUGGAGCACAAAUGAUUGGUAUAGCACAGGGUUGUUUGGAUGCUACCAUACCUUACACGUUGGAAAGAAAGCAAUUUGGAAAGGAUAUAUUUUCCUUUCAAUCGAUGCAACACCAAAUUGCCCAAGUGGUCACCGAGCUCGAAUGUGCUAGAUUAUUAGUUUACAACGCAGCCAGAUUAGUCGAUGCUAAAAGAGAUAUGGUGAAGGAAGCUGCUAUGGCUAAACUUGUAGCUUCAGAAACUGCAUUACGUGUCACCGCAAAAUGCAUCGAUUUUAUGGGCGGAGUAGGAUUUACGACCGAUUUUCCUCAAGAAAAGUAUUUCAGAGAUUCUAAAAUCGGUACGAUUUACGAAGGAACUAGUAACAUGCAGCUAUCGACUAUAGCCAAGUGCAUCCGUAAGGAAUAUACAUAAAUACAUCGUUAUCAGGAAGAAAAAUUUAUUUGUACUUUUAAUAUUUGAAAUUGUCUCUUUUCUUUUCUA